CCCCUAUACUAGGGACAUUACAAGCUACAACACAAACACAACUCAGAAAUUGUGCGUUUGUCCACACACACGCACAAAAUGGAGUUUAAAAAGCGCGCCCUUAUUAAACGCGAUCGCGCUACGGUACAAUUGGAACCCGGGCAUUUAGCGACCCUGCACUGCUUCCAAUGCAACACGGUGCUUGGAGACACUCUGUCCGUGUGCGGGGAGCUCCCAUGCUUGGAAUCUAUCAUGUGCCUCAAAGUCACCGAUGACGUUCUAGUGACUAGUGACAUAGAGUUGGGACAUAAAGGACAAUUGACUAACUGUAUCUUCAGUUACCUGACAUGCGGCAAGUGCGGCCAAGCACUGGGCAAAGUGCUUCAAGCAGCGCCGCCUCAUCUGGGAGCAGUCCGGUCACUCUUUCUGCUCCACAAGGCCCACGUCAUGUGUUACAUGGUGGACAGCUGCUCCAUGGUGAAGGCGUCCACCGUGUCCUUUGAGUUUGAGUCUCUCAUAGAAAACAUCAAUGAGGUGAAGCAGAAAUUUGAAGUGUACUUCGAUGCCAUGAGAAGUCGCCUGGCAGAAGGCAUAAACGUCUCGAACAAAUGCUCUUCUGAAAUAUUUUCCUUCUACCUCUGUACAUCCUGGGCCAUCUUUUACAGCGAACUUAUCCACAUCAGCACCAAGCUCAAGCCCACCAAGUCCAGGAAAGAAGUGCAACUUCCAAAACAACUGUCAUAUGAAAGUGCAAUAGAUGCUUUUGCAUCAGUGAAGACAAGGUGAGUAAGGUUAUAGGUCAAGUGAAAAAAAAGUUGCAUUUUAAAGUGUUCUGUGUGUCUUUAUAAAGGUUUGUGUUGGUGGGUGUUAAUCAUAUUGUAAUAACAAUUGUAAUUAAUUUAUGUUUUUGAAGUGUUUUUGAUUGGUGCUUUUGAAUAGUUAUUAGAGCAUUUUUCUUUUAAUUUCUGCACUUGUUCGUUGUCUUAUUUUAUAUAAUAAAUUACAAAGAGAUAACGUGCUUUUUCAGUGUGAGUGUUUAAAUAUAUGUGGUGAAAAUGGAGGGGGGGAGGGCCGCCAACAAAUGUGUUGCCUAGGGCACCAAAUUGGUCAGGAACGGCCCUGGCCUUAGGGUUAACUGAGACUAGUGGAACAAGUGGAAGAAUAUGGUAGCAA